AUGGACUGCCAGAGCUACACUCAAGAUGUCGAGAAGUUCUCAGACAUUGAAAAACUCUACCUCUACCUUAAGUUGCCUUCUGGUCCCAGCAGUAACACUGAGAAAAGUGACCAGAGCGCCCUAUCAUCAAGCCGCACACAGCAGACGCAUGCCUUCAGCUGGAUCCGCAGUCAUUUAGAGGAAUACCCAGAGACUUCUCUUCCCAAACAGGAGGUCUAUGACGAAUACAAGAGCUUUUGUGACAAUCUGAACUACCAUCCACUGAGUGCUGCAGACUUUGGAAAAAUGAUGAAAAAUGUCUUCCCGAACAUGAAGGCGCGUCGACUUGGCAUGAGAGGAAAAUCUAAAUAUCCUUCACUGGAAUGGAUUCUCCAGUGUGAUGUCCUGGAGUCAGCGGGCCAGCUGAGCAGCAUAAAGGAGGAUGUGCGAUUUGCAGCCUGUGAUCUGGUUUGUGAGUGGGCACAGAAGGUGCUGAAACGUCAGUUUGAUGCCGUGGAAGACUUGGCUCGCUUCCUAAUCGACAGCCAUUACAUCAGCAACAAGUCCCUGGCAGCGCUCACUAUUACAACCGGCACAGCAACAGAGGUUAAUACUCCACAGACCGCCUCAGCAUUCGUCCCGACCGCUGAGGCUCACUCUUUCCAGCCUCAUGUGACAACCCUGUCCUCACCUUCGGUCGAUGCGAAGCAGCAGCUCCAGAGGAAGAUCCAGAGGAAACAACAAGAGCAGAAGCUGUACUCUCCUUUACCUGGAGAGGGGCAAACCAAGAGGGCAGAUGAUGGUGUGCCUUGUGUUAGCCCCGCCCCUCCGUCACCUCAGCCAGCCAUAGGCAUCGUGGUUGCUGCGGUCCCGAGCCCCAUCACGGUACAGGGAAGCAGGCAGCUGAUGUCCCCAAGUCCAAUGGGAAUGGUAGAGAACAAAAUGCUGCCUAUUAACUUCCAAAUGGUGACCCAGCCAGUUCAGGCACUGAAACAGAGCCCCAAAACCCAGCAAAAUAUUCUAGCCAGUCCCGUGGGAGAACGCACUGCUCGGCAGCGUUAUGCGCAAAUCUUACCCAAGCCUGCGGCCACGUCUGCUAUUGCUUUGCGCUCGCCCUCUACCAUGAUCAUCGCCAACAGCCCCAUUAAGACUGUGAUGACUACAUGUCACGUCAGCCCAGUCAGUUUGGUCAAGAUGGCGGCCAUAUCGCUUGCACCCAGCAGCAUUACCACCACCUCCCUCACAAACACCACUCUGCGGCCAGCAUCUGUGGGCAUUAGCAGUCCUUCAGUUGGAGAGGACAUCAGCUAUAAUCAAAGCAUGAGGUGCACCUCGGCAGUCCCCAUCCUGGCCCCGGUGGCCAGGCCAGGGCAGGCUGCUAACACCCAUACCGUCGAUGUUGAAAUGGAAGUUGAAGCUAUACAUAAAAACAGCCAAAUGCAAAAUCCCAGCAGUCUGAUUUUAAGUCAAGGAUCAAUUGCAAAUAGGGCUGGAGGCGCUGUACAGAGGGCUGCCAGUGUGCCCAUACCUCAGACUAGAGGCUUCAUGGGUCUAGAGGAAACAUCCAGCACUAAUUGCAACGGAAAGUCCUCCUCAAGCACUAACACUGUGGCAGCAGUCGAAAGCAGCAAUGAUAGCGCUAAUAAUACGCGCUCUAUGCAUUUAACUCCCUCCACUCAGAAUACCAGUGCUGUUUCUUUUCUGAACACCAGCAGAACACCUUCAUUUGGGGAAAGCAGCAGUGUAACAUCACCAAAGGAAGGUUUCUUGUCCACUAAGAGCCUCAGGAAACGCUCUGGCCUCAGUCCAGACCAUUCGCCAGUCAAAAAGGUUUUUAUGCCAGAGCAGUCAGUAGAUGGCGCUGCCAGUCUUUUAUAUGGGAUUAGAAACGUGCACGAUAACAUCCCCAGGCCAGGAGCUCCAACCCGACCUGAAAGUGCACCAGCUACCAGGGAGGUAGAGACGAAAAUGAACUCUGUCCUGUCCACUCAAUUCCACGCACUUGGCACUUCCUCUUUCAGAGCCAGUGGCUUCUACUCUGUUGCCAAAACACAAAGCUCAAUGCAAAGGAAAAACACUUCCUCUGUUAUGGAAACUAGCACCUCAGUCAGUCACGCAUUACUUCAGCAACAGCAGGGGCACACAAUGGCUAACGUACAUGCAGUACCUAAUAACCCCGGCCUCCAAAAACAUUCAGGUGUCAGUGAUGUUAUGAGUUCAACCACACGGAGCCUGGAAGGAGCUCAACAACAGGCCUACACGCAGUCCAACCAUGAACCCUUAGACUUUUUCAGUCAAGCUUCAUCAUCAUCGAGCCACCUCCCGAUGCAGACGGAUAUGGACUACUUUCCCUUUGAUGAUGACGUGACUCAGGACAGCAUUGUGGAGGAGCUGGUACAGAUGGAAGAGCAGAUGAAACUUAAGAACCUGCAGGAGUUUGGAGGCUGUGCCACACUGCAAGGCCAACAGGCUAUGACGCCAGACAACACAAUGUCCACCAAUCAGACCAUGACUGCUUUCUAUCAUGCGGCAAACAGCCACAGCAACCCGAUACAAACUCCAACACCCACUCCUACACCUACAUCGGAAAUGAUUGGAGGAGUCCAAGGCCUCACUGGAGAGAGCCCCUGCUCCCACAUCGCCUCCACAACCCCAGUGGACAGCGCACUGGGUAGCAGUCGUCACACCCCAGUUGGUACUCCACACUCCAACUGCAGCAGCAACGUGCCUCCCAGUCCUGUGGAGUGCAGGAACCCAUUUGCGUUUACACCCAUCAACUCCAGCAUCACUGGUUUCCAUGAUGGCAGCACCGUCUCCAGCAGCCCCGUUAAGCCCAUGCAGAGACCGAUGGCCACACACCCAGACAAGACGAGGCUGGAGUGGAUGAAUAACAGUUACAACAACAGCAACGGGAGCUUGAACAAGUCAAACAGUGGCAUGGGAAUCCUCCCCAGCUAUCAAGGUCUGAUAGGUGACCAUUUUCAAAAACCUCACGCCUUCGCCAUCCCUCAUGCGCGGUACCACGACAACCAUUUUGGCCGGUUGACUCCCAUCUCGCCUGUGCAGCAGCAGGUAGCUAGCAUGGCUAACAUGACCAAGCAGGAGGGUUUUGCUGUGCCUGCCCCUCUGGAUAACAAAACUACCAACACACCUGCUACAACUUUUCGAUGUCGCAGUGUAAGCCCCGCUGUGCAUCAGAGAACCCUGAGUGGAAACACAGGAAACCUUCCCCAUAUCCCUCGUUCAGCAGUGUCUCCCUUUAACUCUCCGGUGACGCCUGAGGUGUUAAACAUCUUUGCAAGCAGCCAGACGAAUCUUGGGGUGAGCAGCAUGUCUCAGAGGAGCCAUUCUGUGCCGCUCAACAUUAUGAUGCAAACGGAGGUCGUGCCCACGCCGGGCCAACAAUGCAACAGCAAAAACAUCACCAAUGUCCUUCUGAGCAAGCUAGAUGGGGACCAUGAUGACACUGUGCGGGGUCUGGGCAUCAAUAAUUUACCCUCCAGCUACACUGCACGCAUGAACCUCACCCAGAUCCUUGAGUCUAACCCAAACCUCUCCUGCGGUGAAAACCCCCUCAGCCUGAUGACCUCUGACUCCCCCAGUAGAUGCAAGAGGCCAAAUUACCUCAUUGAAAACGCUAUUAAUGAACAAAUGAUUCUCUCCGCAAGUGACAGCCGAGCACAAUCCGCCUCUGGAGAGCAGCAUCGACAGCAGGUCCAGUCUAUGUUGCUGUCUUUGAGCUCACAGCAGCAUCAAGAAGAACUGCAGCAGCAUCAGCAGCUGGAUUUCAGCAGCACUGUGAAAGACCUCCUGACAGACAACGGCCUUACUGCUGGCAGCCAGCUCAUGGAACAGGUGUCAGAGCUGAGUACAGGCGGGGCAGAUUUCCCUUGUGAAAUCAGAAUGACAUCGGAUCUCUCCAGCAGCAUCAAUGACCUUAACGCAUUGGACACAAACCUUUUGUUUGACCCCAACCAGCAGCAAGGGCAAUAUCAAAAUGCUGCUGCAGAGGAGUUGGUGAAUGAUCAGCUGUUUCAGCAAAUUACCAGCGAGGCGGCACAUUCAAGUGGACUUGACUGGCUGGAGAGCAAAGAUCAUCCAACUGUUGGGUUGAUGGGUUGA